AGGAGCGAGGAGCAGGACGGGGGCUGGCGCAGGAUGGCAGACAACGACCCGCGGAGCGCGCAGGAACUCUCGCAGUUUGCAGAAAACCUACUACAGCAACUGCAGGAGAACUUUCAAGCUUUGACUGAAAAGUUAACUCUGAGAAUGGAAGAAAUGGGUGAACGUAUUGAUGACCUUGAAAAGCAUGUCACUGACCUAAUGGCACAGGCCGGGAUAGAAAAUACGAAUGAGGAUCUGAUGCACUGAAAAUGAGAACAUACUGAUCAAGAAAUACAGACUGAUUCUGUAUUACAUUCUAUUGAGAAAGAGGAAGAAUGUCAUUUACAAACAGGAUGUGUAUUUCUACAAAAUUCAAGUGAAAAUAACAUGCAUUGUAAAGGACUUCAAAGGGUAAAAUUUUUAGUCUUGCACCAUGACUGACAGCAAGAAUAUCUAUUAAUAUUUCAGCAAUCACAAAGAAUAGCUCCAGUGAAAGUAAAUUAUAUAAUCAAAUUAUGUCAUGCAAGAUAUGAAGUCUCCAUUUUUUAUUACUGAUCCAAUAAAGGAAAGAUGAGUUAUGACCAUCAGACUAAUGACACAUUUUACUUAAGAUUGCCACAGAAGAAACACUCUUAUCAAGAGAACACUAAAUUUGUGUACAAUAUUCAUUGAAAAAAUCAAAAAAUAUAUUCUGUAAUGAAUCUGCUCAGCCAUGUAAUUUUUAAAAUGAUAAAGAUUAAAUAAAAAGCUAUUCAUUUUCAAAAUAAAUGUUUACAUUUGUUUCAGAAUUUCCUUGUUUUUUAGUUUAAUAGUCCCAGAAUAACUGAAUUCUGUUGUGGCAAUGUAUUUCCACACUUGCAAUAUUGUGUAUGUAUGAACCCACAUUAUUUUGUCACUCUUAGUUUCAGUGUGCGCACGAGCUCUCUCUCUCUCUCUCUCUCUCUCAGAAUAUGUACCCAUACUAUUAAUGCUGAAAUAAGAUUUUUAUCUUUUUAUCUGAGUGAUAUAGUCUACUUUGGUGCACAGACUAUAUUUACACUACAAGCUAGGGCUGUGAUUCCUCUGCUUGCAUACACAUGCUCUGACCCUCAUCAGCUAGUUAAAGUAGCAGUGUAGCCAUGUUAGCAUGGGUAACGGCACCCAUUGGUUCAGGAGAGUUUGUACUAAGCAUGGCUAAGCCAUGCCUCUGCUGCCAUGCGCAGGGCCAGCUUUAGGAAGUAUGGGGACCGAUUCGAAUAGUUUCAACGGGGCCCCAGCAGGGAUGACUCACCCGGCCACCCUACAGGUCUUCGCUCCGGGUCUUCCAUGGCACUAAAGGACCUGCUGCCGAAAUGCCGCAUUUGAACACAUCUUUUACAGGGUAUAAAAACAAAGGUAUGAGUAGGUAAAUAAUAUUGUUCAGAAAAAUGCUACUUAAUUUUUAAUCCAGAAGCACUUACUAUGCACUGAGCAUUGUUCACACAAGGGAAGACUGUCCCUAUCCCAAAGAAUUUACAGUCUAGGAAAUAAUUUCCCAAUUAAGAUAUUUACAAUGCAGUUUACAUCUGCCUUUUCUUGAAUGCAUCCAAAAUUAACUCUAGUAAAGGAAACAAACAGGAAAAGACCAAUGAAGAGAAGCAAGUUAAUCAUACUCAACAAUACUGUUUCAGGAAGGAGUGCACACUUAAAACUACUAUGGAUCUUGUUUCUUCACCCCACCUCCCUUCCGCUGAC